AUGGCGAAGAUCACAACCCUCCUCUUCGACUGCGACAACACGCUCGUCCUCUCAGAGGAGCUCGCCUUCGAGGGCUGCGCGGACCUGAUCAACGAGAUCUGCAAACAGCGCAGCGUCCAGAUCCCGGAGCCCUUCACCGGCGAGACCCUCAUCAAGGAGUUUGUGGGCCAGAACUUCCGCGGCAUGCUCACGUCGCUACAGCAGCGCUACAACUUCGAGAUCAGCCCGGAGGACACCGAGGAGUAUGUCAAGCGCGAGGAGGACGUCGUCAUCGCCAAGCUCAAGGAGGCGCUCAAGCCCUGCCCCGGCGUCGACGCCGAGCUCGACAAGCUGGCCGAGCACAAGAAGUACCACCUAGCCGUCGUGUCGAGCUCGGCCCUGCGGAGAGUCAAGGCCAGCAUCGAGAAGGUCGGCCAGGACAAGUUCUUCGACGGCGAGCACGUCUUCUCCGCCGCGACGAGUCUGCCCAAGCCGACUAGCAAGCCGGAUCCUGCCAUCUACCUGCACGCGAUGAAAGUCCUGGGCAAGACCGCCGACGAGUGUGUCGCGGUGGAGGACUCGAAGAGCGGUACACUCAGCGCGACACGAGCUGGUAUCAAGGCCAUUGGAUACGUCGGCCCUUACGCGGACGACAAGAAGGCCGAGAUGGAGAAGGUGCUACGUGAUGCUGGCGCCGUGGUAAUCAUGCAAGAUUGGAGCGAGUUCGAGUCUUGCCUCGAACAGAUUGAGAGCGGAAAGGUAUAG